AUGUCCAACGUGUCUUCCCAUCUACAAGUCAAAGGACAAAAGGACAAAAACAAUAAGGAUGACGCCAAAAGUGACAAAGGGAGUGACAUUUCAAGAAAGACAAACAGGUCAAAUAAGACUGCCACUAGAGAUCAUGUGGACACUCCCAGACCAGAGAGUUGUCUCACUCCUUCCCCACCAGAGUGCCCACCAACCCCCAGAAAAAUCAAACGACCUGUUAUUUUACUUGGUGGCUCGAGUGACAGUAAUAAGUCACAUGCAGCAUAUCCAGUGGAAGAGAACUCUAACAUCUCAUGCAAUGGCCCCUUGGAAGUGACAGACAGGAAUGUCAGCGACAACAGAAGUGACAAGAGUGGCAAGUGCAAACAGAGGAAAGGGGUUCCCUUACUCAGUUUCUCCCGACAGUUGCUGGAAGGAGAAGUCUCUGAGCUGGUUCCCUCCAAUCUACCAAACGCCUCUCCAACAGAGGUGGUGAAUGAGUGGCUUAAGAAAAUACCGUCUGACAGUGCGAUGUACGACAUUGGGGAUGAAUUCAUUGACAGAGGCCAUUCACCAGAAGAACUACCGCAAAAGGAAAAAACAAAACAGGAUAUUGACACCAUUGCUGAGUGUGAAACUCAAAACGAAAAAAAGGAAGAGCUCAAAGAGACAGUGGUCAACCAUGUGGCUGACAGUGAGGAGCCAGUGGAGACCCCACCAGAGACCCCACCAGAGACCCCACCAGAGACCCCACCAGAAGACACUCACUCCUGCACCGCUCCACAGGAAGAGGUAUCAAAGAGCUUUCACUCCUCAGUUCAGGUGAUGAAAGUCCUGUUGAAUCCCAAGCUUGACCGGUGUAACAGUUUACCUGAAGUUUCCCCAGUGUACGGACGUAAACUGAGCACCUCAGCCAGAGGUCUCCUGGAUUGCCUCGCAAAGCUGCAGUUGAUAGACUUUGAUCCCAACUACGAUGCAAACGCCAAGGACACAAGGUACAGAGAGCUAAUGAACAUCCUCCAGUCCCUCUGGUUGUGUGACCCAGCAGAAGGUGGAAAGUCACAGCAGAAUGGCUGUGAUCAACACUCUGUGGACGGUGAUGGGAAAGCAAGGUCCUCCUCUGGGGUGGAUGUCAGCAGUGGCUCAACAGGCUCAGGUAAGAGUUCAGGCCGUGUGGCUCAGGCAACGAACGCAGAGGGGGAAGCGUUGGUGAAGGUACAAGAAGUUGAUGAAAUGGCACAGAAAGAUGAAAGCCUAGAGUCCUCAGCACCAAUGUCUGAUACAGCUACUCCGGACAUAGCCAGUCGGGUCCAAUGGACCCCCGAAGAAGGAGGAGAAGGAGCAAUAGCAGUGGAGGAAGAGAAACAAAAAGAUGAAGACGUCCCGGAGUCUGAUGACACCAUUAGAAAUGAAAGUCUGAGAGAAUUACCAGAAACGCCCCCGUCUUCCAAUAAGAGCUCAGACCCUCGAGAGGACACAAGCUCUGGCUCUCCUCCAUCUGUCCAAAGGGCACAACUAGCCAAAAAGGUUUCCCUGGAUCCUGAUCCUGUCUGGGUCUUGAAGUUACUGAACAAACUAGAGAAGCAGUUCAUGACACAUUAUGUGGAUGCCAUGGCUGAGUUCAAGGUUCGCUGGAACUUGGACAACAACGAACAGCUCAAUGCCAUGAUAGCUGAACUGAAAGACGAUGUGAGGAGGAGAAUACAACUAAGCAUCGACAGGGAACUGAGGAAGAUCCACGGUCGGGCUGGAAGACCAAGACCACCCAAAGAAGCCUUGUCACGAGAAUCAAAUGCACAAACAGAGACAAGGCGAAGAAGACUGAAAGUUGUGCGUGACCAGUCCAUUGAUAACCGGGUUGAUAAAAGUGAGGAUGCAACCUGCACUUCCUUCAGUGACCAACGGAGUGAUGAUGAAUAUUGCCCUUGUGAAGCAUGUUUACAAAAGAAACUGGAAUUAGGACCACUGCUUCCUGCAGAAGUCCUGCAUACUGCACCAGUCAUGAUGGCUUUUGAUCUAAAGUCAAUUCUUCAGUUGAAAAGGGAACCUACUCCAAAGACACAAGAAGCUGAUGUUACAGAUGACACUGAAACGGUGGUAGUGAAAGCUGGCAUUGCACAUGCUUUUGAUUUAAAAUCAAUAAUUCUCCAGUCGAAAAAGGACAGUCCACCACAGAUACAAGUAGAAGUCAAUGUUGCAGAUGAGACUGAAGGUAUGGAUGAAGCCAAAGCAGCGGAAACUCUUGUUGAAAAUGUUAUCAAUGGGGCUAAGAAGGAGAUGAAGGAAUCACAACAAAAAGAUGCUGAAAUGGGUGACAAAGCUGAGACAGCAGAAUCUGAUGUAGAAGUGACAGCUGAAGGUGAAGCAAUCGAAGAGGGGGAAGCUGAAACAGAUACUGCUGAAGAUGAAGAAGAAACUGAGGAAGCUGAGACAGCAGCUGAGGAAGCAGAGGGAAAGGAGGUGGAUGCUGAAUCAAAGAAUACUGAAGCUGAGAUAGAAGAAGCAGAAGAGAGUGGUAAAGCAGAGGCAGCAGUGUGUUGUGAAGCCAGGGAAGAGGAGGAAGUCGAAGCAGAGACAGCUGAAGAUGAAAUAUUGGAAGAAGAAACUUCUGAAGCAGAAACAGCAGCUAAUAAUGAAGCAGCAGGAGAAGAAGAGGAAGCUGAAGCAGAAACAGCAGAAGCUGAGACAGCAGAAGAUGAAGCGGGAGAAGAAGAAACUGCUGAAGGAGAGACAGUAGCUGAUGACGAAACAGCAGGAGAAGAAGAGGCAGCUGAAGAAGACACUGCAGGAGAGGAAGAAGUUGAAGCAGAAACAGCAGAAGCUGAGACAGCAGAAGAUGAAGCGGGAGAAAAAGAAACUGCUGAAGGAGAGACAGUAGCUGAUGACGAAACAGCAGGAGAAGAAGAGGCAGCUGAAGAAGACACUGCAGGAGAGGAAGAAGUUGAAGCAGAAACAGCAGAAGCUGAGACAGCAGAAGAUGAAGCGGGAGAAGAAGAAACUGCUGAAGGAGAGACAGUAGCUGAUGACGAAACAGCAGGAGAAGAAGAGGCAGCUGAAGAAGACAGUGCAGGAGAGGAAGAAGUUGAAGCAGAAACAGCAGAAGCUGAGACGGCAGAAGAUGAAGCGGGAGAAGAAGAAACUGCUGAAGGAGAGACAGUAGCUGAUGACGAAACAGCAGGAGAAGAAGAGGCAGCUGAAGAAGACAGUGCAGGAGAGGAAGAAGUUGAAGCAGAAACAGCAGAAGCUGAGACAGCAGAAGAUGAAGCGGGAGAAGAAGAAACUGCUGAAGAAGAGACAGUAGCUGAUGACGAAACAGCAGGAGAAGAAGAGGCAGCUGAAGAAGACACUGCAGGAGAGGAAGAAGUUGAAGCAGAAACAGCAGAAGCUGAGAUAGCAGAAGAUGAAGCGGGAGAAGAAGAAACUGCUGAAGGAGAGACAGUAGCUGAUGACGAAACAGCAGGAGAAGAAGAGGCAGCUGAAGAAGACAGUGCAGGAGAGGAAGAAGUUGAAGCAGAAACAGGAAAAGAUGAAGAUGCAGAAGAAGAAACUGAUAAAGUAAUAGCAGCAGGAUCAACGCCAGGAGAAGAGGAGAGCACUGAAGCAGCUGAUAAUAAAAUGUUAGGAAAAGAGGAAUCUGAAGCUGAAACUGCAGAGGCCGAGACAGCUGAUGUAACAGCAGAAGAAGAUGAGACUGCGGAAGUAGAGGCAGCUGAAGAGGAGACUGCAGGAGACGAGGAGAGUGCUGAGGCAGAGACAGCGGGAGAUGAAGCAGGAGAGGAGGAGACUGCUGAGGCAGAGUCUACAGAUGAUGGAACAGCAGGAGAUGAGACUGCUGAAGUAGAAUCAGCUCAAGAGGAGACUGCAGGUGACGAGGAGAGUGCUGAGGCAGAGACAUCCGGAGAUGAAGCAGGAGAGGAGGAGACUGCUGAGGCAGAGACUGCAGAUGAUGGAGCAAGAGGAGAAGAGACUGCUGAAGUAGACACAGCUGAAGGGAAGAAUGCAGGAGAGGAAGAGAGUGCUGAAGCUGAAACAGCUGGAGAUGAAACUGCCAAAGAAGAGGAGGAUGCUGAAGUAGAGACAGCCGACGAGGAAACUGCAGAAGCUGAAACAGUUGAAAAUGAAACAGUUGAAGGGGAGGAGGAUGCUGAAUCUGAGGCAGCAGAAGAGGAAGCUGCCAGAGACGAAGACACAGUGGAGGCAGAGGCAGAAACCAAUGAUGAUGCAGCAGGGGAAGAGGAGAUUUCUAAAGCUGAGACUGCAGACGGUGAGACAUCUGGAGAAGAUGAAACCACAGGGCACGAGUCCUCAGAAAAUGAAACAACUGGCGAUGAGUCGGCCGAAAUUGAAACAACUGGAGACGAAUCGGCACCAGCUGAAACUGCAGGAGAAGGGACAGCUGACGAUGAAACAGCAGGAGAGGAGGAGAAUGCUGAAGCUGAAACAGCAGGAGAGGAGGAGAGUGCUGAAGCUGAAACAGCUGAGGGAGAAGAGCAGACAGCCGGAGAUGAAACUGGAAGAGAUGAGAAUGAAAACGUGGGAGAAGAAUCAUCAGAAGCUGAGGCAUUUGAAGACGAAGCAGCAAGUAAAAGAGCUGAGGAGAAUGUAGAAAAGGGGGAGGAUGAAACAGCAGAGGAUAAAGAGCCUGUAGUUGAAUCAAACAUUGAGGAGACGGAUUGUCAUGACGACGUAUCGGAGAUAAAAGCAGACGACGAGGCGGAGGAGGGAGAAACGACAGACCAAGAUAUGGUUCCGGAGGAGACAGGAACAGAACAAGAAGAUGAUACAAAUGCAGGAGACAAUGUAGGAAACGAGGCAGAAGAAGCAAAGACAAACAAAUUAAAUGCAGAAAAUGGAACCCAAGACCAGGCCGAGAACGUUGUAGGGGGGUCUGAAAAAGAUGAAGAAGUGGAAACUACAGAGGGCAAUGAGACAGCCAAUGAAGAGGAUUCCUGCGGAAACGUUGGGUACUCAGCCGACGGAGAGGAUGAAGCUGAGGAUGAGUCUGAGUUGGAAAUAUCCACAGAUGAGGGAGAACAAUCAGAGGUGCCAGCUAUCGGGGAGGACAGCAUGAAGGAAACUGUUGAGGAAACUCCAAUGACCUCAUUCGAUGCCUUGGCCAGAGCAGAGUACUCUGAAGACAGUGCUUACGCCGAUGUUGAGGAUUCAGAGACUGACGGUAACAACGAGGAGUCAGAGGCACAAGAAGACAAACCAGAAGAGGAGGAGGGUGAUAUCUCAGCAGAGGGUCAGGCUGAGCUUCAUGUUGAAGAGACUCCAGUUGAGGAGCUGCAGGAUGAGGAGAAGGAGGAGGAGACUCCAGUUGAAGAGACUCCUGUUGAGGAGUUGCAGGAGGAAGCGGAGGAGGAAGCUGAGGAGAUGGAAGAAGUUGAGAUGGAGGAAGUUGAGGAGACUCCUAUUGAGGAGCUGAAGGAAGAAGCUGAGGAGGAGCAGGCUGAAGUGGAGGAGGAAGCUGAGGAGAUGGAAGAAGUUGAGAUGGAGGAAGUUGAGGAGACUCUUAUUGAGGAGCUGAAGGAAGAAGCUGAGGAGGAGCAGGCUGAAGUGGAGGAGGAGGCUGAGGAGGAUGCAACUGAAGAUGAUGCUGCUGAGGAGCAGCAGGAAGCAGCUGAUGAGGAAACUACUGAAAAUGAGGCUUCUGAUGAGGAAGAGCAGGAGGAAGGGGUGGAUGAGCCGGAAGCUAAAGAGAUUGAGGAAGCUGAGGAAGAUACUGCUGAAAACGAUGAUGCUGUUGAGGAAGAUCCAGCUGAUGAGGGGGAUGACAUCACAAGCAAAGGACAGUCUGAAGACGAUAGUGAUAGUGGUGGACCUUCUGGGACAUCUAAUAAAAGCCUACGUGGUCAACCUACCAAGUCUUCCAUGGAAUCACAACCAGGCUCACUAGACAAAGUCCUGGAUGAAGAGGCAGCGAGUUCACAGAUAGGUUCAGGGGAAAGGUUGGGCCACCACCUCUCUGUUAAGAGCAACCAGAUGUACCCGACAGACACAGAGGACGAAAGCAGGGUGUCAGAAUGCACAGAGGCAGUCAGCGAAGUCCUCGAGCGACAAGUCGUUCACCCAAAGAAGAAGACUCCGAAGAAGACUCCGAAGAAGACUCCGAAGAAGUAGAAGAAGAAGAUCUGUAAAGCCAAGUAAAGUGACAUUAAUUAAUAAGAUAUUGAUUUCUAAAACUUCACAACUACUGCUGCUGCUUAGUAUUAACUUAAUCAAAUAAUGAUCAAAGCACUUUAUUUCAAUAAAGUUUCAAUAAACUCGUCACAUGACACAGGUCAGUUAAGAAAAAGGGAUGUUUUAAAACUUGAAAUAUGCAGGCUGAAAUUAGUGGUAUUCUCUGUUAAAUUCACACGACAGAAAAUAUAUAUGUAUUUUUUUUCUGGAAGAUUAUUGACAUUUAUUUUUUUACAUUGUUUUACAUGUAUUAGUAUUAGUGCAAUAAUCAUAUACAACUGUAAUGAAUAGAAUAAAGAAUUAUUCAAAUAAAUGUUUCAGCACAGUUAAAAAGCCCUAAGGAGUUUUGUUUAAAACGGGAACGUUUUUUAUCCAAAGAUUAAAAGAGCGCCCCCUAUCUCGAAGAAGUUAAAAAGCCCUAAGGAGUUUUACAAGUAAUGAACUACAAAAUGAGCAAUAGUUAUUUUCAAUAUGCAUUGUAUAUGUGAAACUUGAAUGUAAAAAAAUAUAUUUUGUUGAUAUUUUAGGAUAAUAUAUAUAUUACAUUUUUUGGCAACAUUCUUUGUUGCCUGUCUAUGAACAAAUCUCAGGUAGUUGGAAUCUAUACAUUCCAAAUGUACGUAUGUAUGAAAGAGAUCAUAUACAAUACCAGUCAAAUGUUUGGACACUCCUACUCAUUCCAGGGUUUUUCUUUAUUUGUACUAUUUUCUACAUUGUAGAAUAAUAGUGAAGACAUCAAAACUA